AUGGAGAGUAAGAAACAAAAAUUAGAUGUUCGCGGUUUUCAAGACUGUUGGACGAAUGAAUAUGGAUUUAUACAACAAAAGGAUCGUGCUGUAUGUGCGAUAUGCCGCGAAAGUGUAGUAUGCCGCACGUCAAGUGUACAAAGACAUUUCCAAACCAAACAUCAGUCCACAUUUAAUAGCAACGAUGAGAAAUGUGAAACUAUAAAGAAAGCUGUUUCUUGUUAUAAGAAACAAAUAACUUUUUUUUGUGGAAUGACUGGAACGAAGGCUAAAGCGACAGAAUGCAGCUUCGCAAUUGCUCAUUGCAUAGCUGCCAAAGGCAAACCCUUUACAGAUGGAGAAUAUAUAAAGGAAUUUUUUAUAAAAAGUGCUGAAAAGUUGUUUAGCGAUUUACCUAACCAACAAACCAUAUUAUCCCGAAUUCAAGAAAUACCGGCUUCUGCGCGAACAAUUGAAAGAAGAAUAACUGAAAUGGCAGACAAUGUAACAACAAAACAGAAUGCUGGAUUACAAGAAGCUGUUUCAUUUAGUGUUGCUGUUGAUGAAAGUACCGACGUAAAUGAUAUUGCGCGGCUUGCAGUAUUUGCACGGUAUUGUGAUAAAGAUCAAGUUUAUGAAGAAUUGUGUACUUUGAUUCCUCUGUCUGGGACAACUAAGGGGGAGGAUAUUCUUUCUUCAUUCAUAAGUUAUUUUGACAGCAAGAACAUUAAUGUCAAAAAAAUAUUUUCUGUAACUACUGACGGCGCAGCUGCAAUGAUUGGCAAAGAUAGAGGAUUUGUCAAACUUCUUGAAAAUCAUAUUGGACAUAAAAUAUUGAACUUCCAUUGUAUAAUACACCAGGAAAGUUUAGUUGCCAAAAUUUCGUCACAGCGCUUAAUUCCUGUAAUGAACACUGUUGUUAAAAUAGUUAAUUUUAUAGUGUCUCGCUCUUCACUAACACACAGACAAUUUAAAUCUCUUUAG